CUCCACCGUAGAUGGCGGAAGACUCAAAGCAGAUUGGGUUGUGAGUCGCCAGUCUGCUGGGCGUGUUAUUUCUUUCGAUUUUCGUGUAAAUUUCAUGAGAGUAACAGAGUGCAGUAACUCCCAAUGUUUCGGGUGGCAAGGAUGUCGUCGGAGCUUCAGUCCGUGCGAAGGCUUCGACAGCUGCACAGCCUUCUACAGGGACACCAACAGCAAGGGGCCCUAGUCAUACCUAAUCUCCGCUGUAGAGCUGUCUACUCUACUGAUGGAAAAUCUGUAUCACUAGGAGGGGUGACUAAAACAAUCAAGGAGCCAGCAAGAAAAGAAUUAGUACCCAUCAAAUACUUGCCAGAAAAUGUACCUCAGUCCGUCCUUAGGCAUUUACGAUGGAUCAUGCAAAAGGAUUCCCUUGGUCAAGAUGUGUUUCUAAUAGGAGCACCGGGCCCAUUAAGGAGAGCUAUAGCCAUGCAGUAUUUGGAACUAACAAAGCGAGAAGUUGAGUACAUGGCUCUGUCCAGAGACACAACAGAAUCAGAUUUAAAACAAAGAAGAGAAAUCAAGUCUAGUACAGCAUUUUAUAUUGAUCAGUGUGCAGUCAGAGCAGCCACAGAAGGCAGGGUACUUGUUUUAGAAGGUAUAGAGAAGGCAGAAAGGAACGUGUUACCAGUCUUAAACAACCUUUUAGAGAACAGAGAAAUGCAGCUUGAAGAUGGUCGGUUUCUUGUUGCCAGUCAACGAUAUGACAAAUUAUUAAAGGACCACACAAAGGAAGAACUAGAAAGAUGGAAGUUAGUAAGAGUGAAUGAGGAUUUCAGAGUUAUUGCUUUAGGCUUGCCAGUACCUAAAUACAGGGGGAAUCCCCUAGACCCGCCCCUUCGAUCUCGCUUCCAAGCAAGGGACGUCAAUCCAUUAGCAUUCAGGGAUCACUUACAAGUAUUAUCAGAAGAGGGGAGUGCUGUUCCUUCAGAAAGACUUUCUCAGUUAUUAUCGUUUGCAACAACGUUAAGAUCAGAGGAGAUAUCAUCCCUAGGUUUACCAGACUUCCCUCUUGAUAAUCUAUCGAACAUUGUCCAAAUUCUGAAUAAGGUACCUUCCGCAUCUGUACAUGGUUUGAUCCACCAACUCUACCCCUAUGAGGUCUUCCUGAACAAAGAGGGCCAGGAAUCCGUCCUAGAUGCUUUACAGAAAUUUGAGCUAAAGCCGGAGAAGUUUGAGAAGCCGCCAAAGCAGAGGAUUUCAGAUGUCAUCCAACGAACCAAUCAGAAUGGUGGAUUCACUGCAGCUGUUAAUGUGGAGGUCGAAGGUCAAAUUAGUCAAAUACAGGUUCCAACUGGUGUAAAUGCUGAGAAGCAACAUGAUGUGUUACAUAAAUACAUCUCAACAUCAACUCAUGAUGGUCUAUUGGCUGAUAUGGUGAUGUCACAUUCUGUUGGAGAUUUCUGCUUAGUGGGACCAAAGGGAUGCGGGAAGAGUGUUUUAGCAAGAGAGUUUGCAGAGAAGCUUGGUUAUAACUCAGAGAUUGUCAUGCUGUAUCAGGACAUGACUUCACGUGACCUACUCCAGCAGCGAAUCACAGAGCUUAACGGUGACACGGCCUGGAGGUUAUCACCUCUAGUCAAGGCGGCACUAGAGGGCAGCAUUGCUUUGCUUGAUGGCUUACACAGAGUGAAUCCUAGUACAUUAGCUGUUCUCCAUAGAUUAGUACAUGAUAGAGAGGUGACCUUGUUUGAUGGUACCAGACUGCUCCGUCAUGAUAGAUAUGAUCAGGUGAAACAGGAUACCGGUCUCUCAGAUGCUGAGCUGGCAGAAAAGUCUAUAAUGAAAAUACAUCCAUCAUUCCGCAUCAUUGCCUUAGCCGAGCCCCCGCAGGUUGGGAGCAGUAGUCAGCAGUGGCUUAACCCAGAACUACUCACUCUCUUCAUGUAUCAUCAUAUUAAGCCUUUGACUAUGGCAGAAGAAAUGACCGUUAUACAAGGAAUGGUUCCUAAUGCUCCUACAGAUAGCCUGGACUCCAUACUCCAAUUGACUCAUAGAUUGAGGCAUGCAGCUGAUCCUAAUUUGCAGUCUGUAGCGUCUUCUCUAUCGACCCGUAAUCUUAUCCGCAUUGCUCAUCGUCUUGCUCACUAUCAAGACCAAGGUCUCCAUGAUGCUGUACACAAAGCAUGUUUAUCAAGAUUCCUUCCCUCGCUUGCCAGACAGUCGUUGGAGCAAGCACUGGAGGAUGCUGGGAUAGUACCUCCUCCGAAAGAAUCACAGAGCAUUGAUGAUAUAGAGAAAGCUACUUCAUGUGAAAUCAAGGAUAACGUACUGCGCAUUGGUAGGACAGAGAUGGCGCUCUAUAACCCAGAGAACCGCAUGAUGGUUCCAGAUACACUCUUUUAUGAGAAUCCACAGCAUCUAUCAAUAAUGGAGGACAUGCUGAAAGACUUUACUCUAGGAGAGCAUCUCUUAUUGGUUGGUAACCAGGGUGUCGGCAAGAAUAAACUAGUAGACAGAUUCCUUCAUCUUCUUAACAGACCAAGGCAGUAUAUUCAAUUACACAGGGAUACAACUGUUCAGACUCUCACACUUCAGCCAAACGUUCAAGAUGGUGUUAUAGUGUAUGAGGAUUCUCCUUUGGUAAAAGCUGUCAAAUAUGGUCACAUUCUGGUCGUAGAUGAAGCUGACAAGGCCCCUACCCAUGUAACAUGUGUUCUUAAAGCAUUGGUAGAGAGCGGAGAGAUGAUGUUAGCUGAUGGGAGGCGUAUUGUAUCUGCCCAAUCUGGAAUGCAUCCCUCUGAUGAUAUCAUCAUCACUCAUCCUGAUUUUAGUAUGAUGGUUCUAGCAAACAGACCUGGAUUCCCAUUCCUUGGAAAUGAUUUCUUUGGCUCAUUAGGUGAUAUAUUCAGCUGCCAUGCGAUAGAUAACCCUGAUAUAGAAUCAGAGAUGGCUAUGUUACAGCGCUACGGUCCUGAUGUACCUAAAUCUAUCCUACGUAAGCUAGUCCUAGCCUUCAGUGAGCUCAGGUCCUUAGCAGACCAGGGUCUUAUUGCCUAUCCUUACUCAACCAGGGAGGUGGUUAACAUGGUCAAACAUCUACAGAGGUAUCCAGAUGAAGGGCUCCCUCAGGUGGUGAAGAACGUCUUUGAUUUUGAUGCAUACAAUAACGAGAUGAGAGAACAGGUUGUUGAGACUCUUCACAAACAUGGCAUUCCUAUAGGAGCAAGUACAGCUAAUGUUCAACUAGCCAAAGAGUUUUCCUUGCCACCAGCAAGCCUGUCUGGACGAUGGUUGUUUGGUGAUAGAGGUGCAAGCAAGAGGAAGAUGAUGUGUCCUGUGGAAGAAAAGAAGCUCAGAGUCAAGGGGCCAGCACAUAUCCAGGUUAGGGAGCAUAAGCUAGAUCGAGUAGAUUCCCGAGCUUCGAGCUUCAACGAACAGAUGGCAUCAUGGCAACUACCAAUGAAUGAGAUGAACAUACCGACCGAUGUUGCUGUUACUAAAGAGAAGUCAUCCGAGAUGGUCCAUGUCUGUGUCGGGAACCCAAUCAGUCUGUAUAGCAUGAAACCCUUGGGUCAGUCUAUUCAGUUCCUGGACCUGUACGAUGUAUUCCCCUAUCUAGGCUACAGACCAGCCCAGCUUGCAGCCCUAGGUGGUCCACUCCAGGGACAGGUCGUUCUCAAUGAUCCAAAGUCCCACACCAGUCUCCUCAUUGACCCGUCCAAUGGCUCCGUCUGGAGACUCUACACCUCAGGGCUCCUGGAGGAGACUGUUACCAACAUCAGACGUACCGUAACCAGCGGCAACCAGCAGGACCAAUACAAGAUGUGCUCCGAGUUUGCCCAUGAGAACUGGCUGGUCUUCUAUGUUGAUGGAGGAUCCAAAGUUGAAUGGAUGGAUGUGUUGAAUGGCGAAGCAUAUACAGUUAAUCUCCCAAUGAACAUCAAGUCUCUCAAGCUUGCCUCUCCUGAUGCUUGGCUACUGGUAGAAGCCAAGACAGACAGGAAAUACUUAAUGACCCGUCCUUCCCAUGAUGCACCAGUCAGUCAGCUACAUGCCAUCUUUGAUGCCAGCCCAGGUGACACGGUUGCAGACAGCGAAAGCUCUGUGUCAUCAGGCAGCCUACCUCUUGCGGUAUCACAUAAAGGUUUGUCUAAAGACGAUCUGAGUUCCGUCAUUGGUGAGAAUAUGGAUGCACCAAACAGACUUAUGGCUGAUCCUAACAGCUAUGGCUCUGUAGCUGUCGGCUUUCCCGAUUUGCAGUCUUCUGUAGAUGUGUACAGUGCACCACGUCCUGCCCCACCUUCAGCCCAGCCUUCAGGACGUGACCCCCUAGCAUCUCUCAUGAAGAAGACUGGUACAACAGCCCCCACCGGUAGCCCUGUGGUACUCCCAGACUCUGCUCAGGUCGUCAGGGUCCUCAACAGCAAACAGGUUCCGAAGGAAGUCUUCCCAGAUGAGAAAGUUCCUGUGUCCGGUGAAUUCCUGGAAAUAGCUGACAUGUCUUCACUAACUCUCAAAUACAUCCCCAUUCCAAGUCCUACAGUACAUCGUAACUACACCCCAUGGGUGUCUGAUAGUAAGAUUCUUACAGCUCCUACACCAAGCGAGGGCGUUGUCACUGUCGACUCGGGUGGUCAUGUGAGGCUGUGGGAGACAGGGCGCCCUCAGUUGUCCAAGUCGCUCACCGACUGGUAUAAAAUGAUUGGAACCGCAGAAGACGCCAAACUGCAAAUCACGUAUGAUAAGGAUGAAGUAGGUGAUAUAUCAGAGCCUAAGUUUGGAGAGAUUGAUCAGUCUAAUAACCCUCAUGUUGGCGGCAACCGUUGGGCAGGAGGAACGGGAGGCCGAGAUACCGCUGGUAUGGGUGGUAUAGGAGGUCCAUUCAGAUUAGAUGCUGGUCAUGAUGUUCAUCAAGUCUCACAGGCUAUGAAGGAUGCUGUACCAGAAGAGGUGAGGAAAGCUGCAAGAGAGAUGGCUCAGAAGGCUUACAAGGCAAGACUCAAGGAAAUUGAUAUGUCUGAGUAUGAUGCAGAGACCUAUGACAGAUUCUCAGACGGUGUCAAGAGACAGGUCACUUCCCUUAGGGUUAUUCUAGAUAGUCUACAGGCAAAAGCCAAAGAAAGGCAGUGGAUCAAACACCAAUCGUCUGGAGAUCUUGAUGAAGUGAAAUUAAUUGAAGGACUGACCGGAGAGAAGGCUAUCUACAAAAGGAGGGGCGAACAAGAUCCAGAAAUGGGAAGCCCACAGGAGCAUCCAAAGAGAUUAAGGCUUGUAGUUGAUGUGAGUGGUAGCAUGUAUCGGUUCAAUGGACAUGAUGGACGUCUAGACAGAACUCUACAGGCUAUAUGCAUGGCUAUGGAAGCGUUUGAAGGCUAUGAAGAAAAGUUUGCUUAUGAUAUUGUAGGCCACUCUGGAGAGACAUGUGAUGAAGUCUUCCUCAAAUCUGACAAGGUUCCAAAGAACAACAAUGAAAGACUCAAAGUCCUGAGGAACCUCCAUGCUCAUGCUCAAUUCUGCCUCAGCGGUGACAACACCGUUGAAGCAGCAAAGACAGCCAUCCAGGACAUCGUCAAGGAGGAAGCCGAUGAGUACUUUGUCAUCAUCCUGAGUGAUGCUAACCUAGAUCGGUAUGGUAUCAGUCCUAAGGUUCUAUCACGCGUCAUGCAGCAGGAUGAAGAUGUUAAUGCCUAUGCCAUCUUCAUAGGAUCUAUAGGAGAUCAGGCAGGAAGAUUGGUUCGUAAUCUUCCCGCUGGACAUGGGUUCGUCUGUAUGGACACCAAAACUAUCCCUCAGAUCAUGCAACAGAUAUUCACUUCUACUAUGCUCAAAUAGAUUCUCUCUCUUUUAUUGAGCAGCAAUGUGUGUUAAUGUAUAUUAUUGGGGAAUAAAACUUAACCUUAUACUCCCCAUUGUGUCCCCCCUCAACGUUUUUCACGAUUUGUCCUCCACGCGAAUUUUGUUUACUGCACCACUCGUUUACUUUUAAGUCUUGUUUUUGAGACCAAAUUUGCGACUCCCAUGUAUAAUUCAGGGGAUGUUUCACAAAGAGUUAAGUAUGACUUACAGUCAUGUGUAGUGCUGAUGCACAUGUUAUGUUAGGCUCAAUCUUAUUGAUUGAGAUGCAGUCGUACGCGUCCUCUUGGUAUGAUUUGACCAAUGCGGUGAUGCCUUUUAUACCACCCGUAUUGGAAAUUUAACCCUAUCUAGGCCGGGGUAUUUUGGGAGUUCAUAUGGCCGGGGGGGGGCCUCCCAGGCCCCCCUUGAGAUCUUGGCCGUCGACCGCGCGAUCGCGUCGAAAAUUGGAAGGGGGGUUGUCUCGGACAUAAUCUACAAAAUUGUAUAGUAAUUUUUUUCAUGCGAAUUGCUAUUGAGUGAUUAUGGUAAUUUAGGCGUAAUUAGUAUGCGAAAUCAUACUUUUUCCUCUAACUCCCAAAAUAAAGCUCAAAAUAUUCUAAUUUGUGGUAUAGAAACUCUUUGUGGUGUUCUUAGCAAGUGUACAUGAACAAAAUUGUGAUAUCAAAUCAUUUUCUUAUGUAUUAUAUUGUUUUUUGCAAUUUCUUAUGUAUUUCUUUGUUUUUUUUUACCUUUUGUUUUUCGUCGUUUUUUCAAUGAAAUUUGUUGGGGACUCUUCUCAGAUCAUAAAAAGCAUGAAAUUAAUACAUUUAGACCACAAAACUAAAAAUAAUCAUACAUUUAUGAUUUUUGGUUGAAAACACAAUUUGCAUUGACUUUGUACACAAAAUCACGUUUUUGAGCAAUUUUUGGUCUGACAUGCACUUACAUAAUGUUGCGUAAUUUUGGAACCACAUACCUGGGCGACGCAAAAAUUGGUCUCAAAACUUGCGCAAGACUUGAAAGUAAAAAGUCAAUGAGCGGCGCGGUCAAAAAAUUUUGCGCGAAUCGUUGAGGGGGGGGGCCUCCAAGGCCCCCCCCCCCGGCCUAGAUAGGGUUAAGUGUGACUCUAGUCACAAUUAACUUUUUUUUUUAACACCCCCAGGUCUUAAACUGGUGCUGUUGAAAUUCACUGCUUAGAAGCCUUAUUGCCAAGAGAAUAAUAUAUUUACAAUAUUAGCCUACAUCUUCUAGAACUGGAAAGUAACAUUUUAUUUUCUAUGGUUGCAAAUUUUCUAUUAAUUGCAGAUUUGCAACAUAAAUUUUGUAUUGAUUUUGAAUGUAUGUCUUGUACCACUCCAAGGCAGAUUUGACUGAAUUUUAUGACAUAGUGUAAUUUUUUAAAUAUGAUAUAUUAUGUACAUACAUGUACAUGAUGUAAAUGAGAAAAUAUUGUAUAUAAUGAAACUAUUUUCUUAAUCAUUGUUUUUUUUCAUUGGAGUUUUAAUAUCAUUGGAUUUGACAAACUUAUGAUAAUUUCAAGAGUAGCCCAGCAGUAUUAGAAUCAUGUAUUUCAGAUAUAGCAGGGUUUACAAGACAUUCAUGAGUAUAACCCUUAGGAAACUAUUGACUUAUAUAAAGGUUUCCAGUUUUCAGUUUCCUAUGCAGGAAUUUCUUGGUUCUUCAGUGACACAAGCGAACCAUGGUGAAGCAAUUGAAAAUAUGUAGUGAAAAUCUUAGCAAAAUAUCUAUUUCCAUAAAAAUCUUAGAAUUUAUGUGUUGUUAUAGCCCCCUCUAGGGCCAAUCAAUACAGAAAGAGUUGUAAUGAAGCACAACUCUAAACAAAAUAAUAUGAAAUCUUGUUUUCAACCAGUCCAAAUAAUAUGGGUACUUUGCUAGGCUACUAUAUUUUUAGUUUUUGAACCUUUGAAAGUUUCAGAUUUUUUUCAGGAUGGUAAGCCACUUGUUUUAUCAAAAGAGAAAAAAAAACAUGCUGUGAUGAUUCAAUGACUUUUGCUCUGGUGAGAAUUGCUCCACUUUAAAUUCCAUGCACUAAUCAAAUGAUUAAUUCAACCCUUUAUUUGAUACUCUACCCUACCUUAACCCUAAACCUAACAGAAAACCCAAUGGCAACCCUAAUCCUACAGCUUAGAUGAAAUAAAUCACAGAGCAAUUUUUGCAAGAGCAAGUGUCAUGUCACCGCUGUGAUAUUUAUAUUUGAAUUUUUCUUCAUUUGUUUUUUUUUGGGGGGGAGGAUCUUUGUAUUUGUUAUAAAAUGUUUUUUUAAUGAGAAUAUAUGCUGCAUACAGAUUUAUUAUAUGGCUUUGUUCUUAUAUUAGAGAAUGUUGCUUACUUGAAAUGUGUAUGAGAUUAAUUAUGUUCCUUUAAGAAGCUCACUUAAAUUGUUGUGAUUGAUUUGAUAAUAUUUGUAUUCUUCUUUUGCUCCUUGAAUUCUGAGGAGUUUUGGAGACUUUCUUUGAAAAUUAAUAUUUCUUAAAGUCCAUGCUAUAUAGUCAGGGACGGUUGGAUUGCUUUGAUAUUAUUUCUUUACUGUUAAAUCAGACUCUGACAAAAAUUUAGUCUUGAACUUAAAUAGUGAUUCAUUCAGGGAUAGGUGGAUUUUAAUGGAUUCAUCUUUGGUGCAUUAUGUGUACAGGUGUAUGUCAUAAAGAAUAUUUGUCUUAAUAAUUGUAUUUAUUGAGUUUGAUUGCAAAUUGUAUAUGUAAUGAUGAAAUGAUGAACUGAUAUGAAUAUAUAAAAAGAUAUAUGUAAUAUUUGAA